AAAACAUAUGGAGUUUCAUCGUUUCCUGGAAGAUAAACGAUUAAGAAUAGUACUGAUCGUUCCAAUAUACAAACCAAUAUACAAAACGAUCUACGAUACUAGUACAAUACUAUAUAUUAACAGUGGUGCCGGUAAAAAUACCGGUGGGGCAUGUCUCUUCGAUAUGUUGGGCAUUGGUUUUCUUAAAAGUUCGUUUAAUUUUUUAAAGACGAAAACUAUGAAAUUGGGACCACAUCGGAAAAUAGCUAUUGGAUGGGCUAUAAUAGUAUCCCUAGGACUAUAUAGCUUUGCACUAUCAAGAAAAUCUAUAGAAUCUAAAAGGUACGAGAGUAUGAAAGCAAGGCAGCGUAUGCGGACGGCUUUAACCAAAGACGAAUAAAUUAUUUAAAAUAUUUUAUACUGUUUGUCUGUUCAAUUGACAAAGAAAAUAUGGCAACCCUACC